AUGGCGAAAACAAAACCUAUCGAUCGCAAGACGAAGAAGAGCGCAAAGAGCGGCGAGUCGAAAAAGUCGAAAGCAUCACCAGAGGAACUUUUGAUUCAAGCGGCUACACUCCUACAAACGUCACAACCCGAAGAAGCGCUCGUCGCCGCGCGAAGAGCCUUGAACCUACUCCAGCCCGGCACAUCGAAGCCUUCUGCUGCAGCGCUGCCUGCACUGAACCUCCUCGGCGAGAUCAAUGUGGAAUUGGGCGAUCCAGAUUCUGCGCGAGAAGCUUUUCAAGCGGCCAUCGUAAUCGAUCCAGAAGGCGCAAACGACGGAGCCGAGAAGUUCCUAUGGCUGGCACAACUGAAUGAAGAGGGAGGCGCCGAGAGUGUGCGGUGGUUCGAAAAGGGCAUUGAAGUGCUGAAGAAAGAGAUCAGUGAACUAGAAGGGAAGCCGGCGAAGAACAAUGAAGUUGAAGAGCUGCUGGAGGAGAAGAGGCAAAAGAUCGCAAAUUCGCUCUGUGGUAUUGCUGAAGUCUACAUGACAGAUCUCUCUUGGGAAGAGGACGCCGAAGCGCGAUGCAACGCCGCAGUCACCGAAGCGCUGCUUUUCGCACCUGAAAACCCAGAACCACUACAGACGCUCGCAUCGAUACGCAUUUCGCAACUGAAGCCGGACGAAGCGAAAUCUGCGCUGACAAGGAGUAUGGACCUUUGGAAGGAACUCGAUCCAGAUGACCCCAAGGUUCCAGACUACUCGACCAGAAUCAGUCUUUCCCGCCUGCUCAUGGAGGCUGAAAUGGAAGACGAAGCUAUUGAAGUGUUGGAGCGGUUAGUGGGCGAGAACGAUGGCAGCGUUGAGGCAUGGUAUCUGGGCGGAUGGUGUCUUCACUUGCUGGCUGGGAAACAAAAGACUAAGGGAGAAGACAAGGUUGCAACAUCUCUACUCCGUGCCAGUCGCGAUUGGCUGGAGAAUUGCCUCAAACUCUUCGCUAUGCUGGAAUACGAGGAUGAGCGAUUGAAGGAACACGCCGAUGAGCUAUUGAAGGAGCUCAACGACGUACUUGGCCCUUCCACUGGCGAGGAAGAUGAAGAAUGGGAAGAUGACGUCGAGGAGGGGGACGACGACACUGAUGAUGAUGAUGAGACCAUGGAAGGCACGUGA